UAAUUAUUUACUGCUCUAGACAAGCUCUAGGUCUUUGCUGUUGUGUAGAGAAUCUGAUAGAAAGAGAGUAAUGGUCUAGCGGUUUUACUGUGUUUUAAAUAAGUAUUUCAAUUUCAAUAGCUUUUAAGAUCAAUUUAUAAGCCUGUCGUAAAAAUGGCUUGUGAGAAUCACGCCUUACAGGAGUUGCCGAAGAAGGACAAUCAGCAGAAUUGUGAACAGGAUCCAACCUUUGAGUACUUGCUGAAAACACUAGAUGAACUGGAAAGACAAGUUGAACGUUUUAGAGACACAGCUAAAACACUUCAAGAAGACAAAACAGUAAUUUUAGAAAGAAUAAAUAAAAUAUCACAGAGCCAGGCGAUAAGUGACUUAACGCAGGAUAAGAAAGAUGAACUAGAGCUUUAUAUUGAUCGAUUGUGCAAGCGAUGCAUAACUGUUGAAUUGAACGUGAUUACAGUAAGGAGCACUUACCAGGAAUGCGCUAUCACCAAAGUCAAAGAUAUUCUGAAACAGUUGAAAGAAGACAUUCUAAUCAAUAAAGCUGGUACACGCGAUAAAAUUCAGCGAUACUUGAACACAUGCACUGCAGAUGGUGAAGGGGCGCUGGAUUACAAGUUUCAGGCGAUACUUUUAGAUUGCGCAGCCGAGGACCAAAAAGAGGUUAAAAAGCGGCUAAAAGGAAUACAGAAUGUGUUGGUUAAUUCUGAGAAAGUUGUUGAUGAAUUAUGCAAAGACUUCUCCUAGUGUUGUGUUAAAUUGUCUAUAGCAUGCAGCAGGUAACAGGGAUGUUAAGGACAGGGCUCCUAUACCCCUUAAGUCCCUAGAACACUGCAGAUCCAUGUGUCCUCCAGCAGCCUCAAUUCACAAUCAGCUUCCUGCUGGUUAUUAUUUGUCUUCAUUGUUAAGUAUAGUAUACAGUAACAUUUCUCACAAAUGCAGUGUUUUUAUGCAUGAGACCAAAUGUUUAUUUAUUUAUUACAAAUUCGACAAACUGUCAAAGAGGAAGCUGUGGCCCGAGGGCCCAACACAAAAGUGGGAACCUCUUGAGAGAUGUUCAUAUCUGACGAUAUACCUGUACUGUAAUUCGGAGUGUAGUUUGGGCUAGGAUUAAGAUGAUCAUAUGAAAUUAUAUGUUAAAUGUUGUUGCAUGGCGAGCCAGGAGCAUGGUACACCAUCCUACUGUAUAAUAACUUAGUAUAAAACAUACUCCAAAUAAAGUGAAUCUAGUCAUUUUGAUUCAAUAUUUUGAUCUUUUCUUAGAUCAUCAUCAGGAAAGAAUAAAGAUUCUAACAUUACAAACAUAUUCCAAAAGUGUUAUAGAAAAUUAACCAAUGGGAAACAGUCAAUAAUGUAGCGAAUAAGAUACUGUAUAAUUCAAUUUCAAUUUCAAUUUAUUCAGAUCACAAAUGGCAGUAACAAGACUGAAUUGCUUGUGAUUUACAGUUUAAAAUUCAUUCAUAAAUUGUUAAAAAGUACAAUAAAAGGACAUCAAAAAACAAUAAAAGACAGCGAUAUACAAUGAAAUAACAGCAUAAAAAGGAAGUUAAAAACAUUACAGGAAUAGAUCAAUAGUACUGUAUAAUAAUUAUUGUAAAUUAUUUGGUAAUUAAAAUUGAAAAGGUUGGAAUCCUGUUACCCUUCUAGAUGACCACCCGCUAUUGAUUUUUCGGUUGUUCCAUGUGUUGUUUUUAUUUGUUUUAGUGGCAGUUCCUUUCUUUGCCAUGUAGUUUUCUUCCACAUUGCAGCAUUGCAUUAUGCACUACUUAAAAGACUGAUGUAGCAGUCUAGUAAGUUUGCCUUCUCUGCCCUAAUGUAACAUGGGAUACUAAAGCAUUCCCCUGUGUGGGAAACAUUGACUGGUGUGCAGUAACAUUAUCUUGUUUUAAAAUUGAAAAAGCUAAAAUUAAACAGUGUAUGCAGGAAUAUAUAUAUAUUUUAUUUGUAAAAUAUUAGAUUUAAAAAUAUGGAUAAUUAUAACCCCAUUUAACAAGUUUUAAUAGACUGUAUAUACUGGGGUUUAGUUUAUUUACUAUUCCCCUUUAUAUUAUAAUGAACCAAUUAUAUGUAAAUUCCACCUUAUUCAUUUUAUUUGUAAAAUAUAAGGAUUUAAAGACCAUUUAUACAAGUUUUAAAAAUGUUGAAUAAAGGUUGCUGCCAGAUCCAAACUGAACUUAUCCAAUAAGGAGGGACCACUUAAAAUAAUCCAUUUGGUUUUCUUUUUAUCUUAUGCCGGAGACUUGCUGUGUCAGACGAUCGUAGACUAGAUAAAGUCAUAUGUUGUAUAUAACCAUAAAUGUGAAAGUUGGUUUUUACAUUUAUGUCAUCAUCUUCCUAGUACAGUAAUUUUAAUAUACUGUACAAUAGUGAUCCAUUUUAUUACAGUAAGCUUCAAUGUUUAUAUCUUGGAAUAUUUUUAAGCUUAGGUUCUCAGAUCAUGUUACAAUUUGAAAGACUCAUCAUUGAAAUGCAAGUGAAAAUGACAAAAAAUAUUACCUUUUAGAAAAUGUUGGAGAGUUGGACAGUUUGUUUGAUAAUGACCUUUCCAAAGUGUCAAUCAAUUCCAAAACACAUGUUGUCACACAGACGCACAUUUACGCUGUUUUUGAACAUCCAAGGGGUGGGGCUAAUAGCGGAAUGGUCUGUUAUGUAACAAGCUUCUAUUAGACAAAAAGUCUGAACAAACUCAGUGUAUAUAAUUAUGAUUAUGCAAAUGAUGUAGGAAAUGUAAUUAAUAUACUGUAUGCAUCUGUUUACUUGUGAUCAAUAUAUUUUGUUCAAUCAAAGAUAAUUUAUUAACACCAGUGAAAGUGUUACUCCAUACCAAAGUUACUAUAUCUUGUUCAGUUGACAACAAUGCACAUAUUUUAUUUUAGUACAGUAUGUUAUUUUCGAAGUUUACAGUAAUAGCUCAACAGAGAUUAUGUAGAUAUCUUUAUGAAUUGCUUUUAUUAAAUUAAUUAAUCAAUUAUUAGUUUUAUUUAUAAUAGUAGUUAAAAAGUUUUUAUGUAUAUGUAGAUACCAAUUUUUGACCGUUUAUGCACAUUUUAUCAGGUGUUAUAAUACGCUGUUCUUGUACGGCGGUCUGCCUAAAAAGCUCAGUGAAGCCAGAUAAAGAGGGUAAAAAUCGUGCAUUAUAAACUGUACUACAGCCUGCACAACUUAUGUAGAGGCCUUGGCAGUUACAUUGUAUUCCACUUGAACAGGUGUAUCCAUCUUUAUAAAAUGUGUUCUCACUGAAAUCUGACAGAUCUAAUUUAUUCUAAUUUAUUGAUUUUAAAUAAAUCUGAAAGAUAUGCUGACUGGUUCAUGUUGAAUGAGAAAGAACAUGGUAUGGUGCUUAGAAACACUGAAGCCGGGUAUACUCUGCUUCAGCCGACAGUUGUAUUAGACAGAACCAUGACCGACGUGAUGCUGUCUGCUGAUUGUCGGUGGCAGUCUGCAGUUUAUCAUUGAUAAGUUGCGUUCUCCAUGAAGUGUGCCUGGCUUUAGAAAUACAAAGUGCAAUAAUGAUCGAUACUUUUGAGGUCUAUUUUAAGUUAUAACCAGCUGAUAUCUCAUUUUGACCUUUUUUUUACCUUUUUUUUUGGGUCUUUAUUACAUUAUUUUUUUGUGUACUUUAUUUUAUUGGUGUUUUCCAUUCUUAUGUUUCUAUUUUCAUUAUUGUAAACUCUAUUUGAUACAUAUAUUUUACCUUAACUGUGUGUUGUGUAUCAUCUUUCUAGAAAAUGACCUUGAUGUAUGUUUAUACAUUUUCUCGACCAUCUAUAUAUGCACUUAAUGCAGUUUUGAAAACAAUGCUUUUAUAUUUGUAUUAUCAUACUGCUGCUACAUUAAAUAUAUUUGAAUACAUCUAUACAAGUACAAUGUGUGUUGUAACACUAUGGAAUCUCUGGAUCUGAUGCUGUAUCAGGUUUACUCUCUAAAUUCUACUUGUGUUGUAUCUAACCUACCAAAUUAAAUUUGUUAAAUUUUACAUAGAUGUAUUGAGGUUGAGUGCUUGUUGAACAGAAUAAAGUUGUAUCUACAACAAAAAACAAAUUUGAAAA